AUGGUUAUUUCUUCCUUUUCUUUCGAUUCUUUCUUUGGAAUUUUUUUCUUACGUCUUAUUCUUUCUCUCUUCUUUAUUUUUUUCUUUCAUUUUAUUAAUCUUUUCUUUUUAUUUUCUUUCGUUUUUUACGAGACUUUUUCUUUCUUUCUUUCUUUCUUUUUUUUUUCUUUCUUUCUUUCUUUCUUUCUUUUUUCUUUCUUUCUUUCUUUCUUUCUUUCUUUCUUUGAUCUUAUUCUUAUAUGUUCUUUUUUCCUUACUCUGACAUUUCUUUCUUUUUAUUCAUUUUUGUUCUCAUUUCCCUGCAUUACUGACACAUUUUUCUUUCUUUCUUUCUUUCUUUCUUUUUUUCUUUGUUUGUUUGUUUCUUUCUUUCUUUCCUGCUUUCUUUCUUUCUUUCUUUCUUUCUUUCUUUUUAUUCUCGUAUGUUCUCAUUUUUCUGCAUUACUCACACCUUUUUUCUUCCGUAGUCUUUCUUUCUUUUUUCUUCGUUCUUAUUCGUGUAUGUUCGUUUUUGCCUGCAUUACUCACACAUUCUUUCUUUCUUUCUUUUUUAUUCUUGUAUGUUCUCAUUUUUCUGCAUUACUUACACCUUUUUUCUUCAGUAGUCUUUCUUUCUUUCUUUUUUCUUUCUUUCUUUCUUUCGUUUUUCUUCGUUCUUUUUCGUGUAUGUACGUUUUUACCUGCAUUACUCUCUCAUUUCUUUCUUCCGUUCAUUUUUAA